AUUUAUUAAAACUAGUCCUUUAUUGUCCCUUACUAUUCCUUGCUACUUGCUCUCGAGUCUCUUUGUAACUUUCGAAUGUACUUGAAGCUCUGGGAGAUGGCAACCCCUUGUCUAAACCUAUAACUUGACACCGUUUUUUCCCUUCUCUUUAAUAAUUUGUAGAUAUCCAAAUACUGAUUGCUUCUUUUUUCCUUUCUAAUAGCGUCGCCAUGAACGGUCAUUUCUCUGCAGUUGGCGAUGCGCCAACAAAAGCUCACUAUGAACAUGGCAUCCAAGUUAUCGAUGAGGACAAGGAGUUCAAUGGGAACAUCAGCUCCUAUUUACAAGCAACCGAUGUUGCCGAUGCUGGCUUCAACUAUCAUUUAAUAUCCGUUUUUGGUUCCCAGUCUACUGGUAAAUCGACGCUCCUUAACUAUCUCUUUGGUACCGAGUUCAACGUAAUGUCGGAGACGGAACGACGUCAAACUACAAAAGGAAUAUGGAUGUCCAAGAACAAAAGGGGUUCCAUGGCCGACAAUAUCUUGGUCAUGGAUGUAGAAGGUACCGACGGCCGAGAGAGAGGCGAGGACCAAGAUUUCGAAAGAAAGAGUGCAUUAUUUGCGCUAGCUACCAGCGAAGUGCUAAUCGUUAAUAUAUGGGAGCAUCAGGUUGGUUUAUACCAGGGGGCAAACAUGGGACUACUAAAAACUGUCUUCGAAGUCAAUUUGCAACUGUUCUUGAAGGAUAAGCAAUCCACUCCUCGAUCUCUUCUAUUUUUCGUCAUCCGUGAUCAUAUCGGCCACACACCGCUCUCCAACCUUCGAAAUACCCUCAUACAAGAUCUUACUAAAAUCUGGUCCUCGAUCUCGAAACCUGCCGGUCUAGAAGGAUCGCGCAUAGAAGACUACUUCGACUUCGCUUUUGCUGCUUUGCCUCACAAGAUCUUACAGCCGGACAAAUUCGAGGUUGAAGUUAAAAGACUGGGUGGCAGGUUCGUUGCUGGAAGCAGGAACUCCAAGACUCAGUUAGAGCAUGGUGAACAAGAGCUUGACGGUGGCGUUUUCCUACCCGAAUACCACCGACGAAUUCCGGCCGAUGGAUUCUCUCACUAUGCUGAAGGUAUUUGGGAUCAGAUUGUCAGCAACAAGGAUCUCGAUUUGCCUACACAGCAAGAACUCCUGGCCCAGUUCCGAUGCGACGAGAUAUCCCGAGAAGUCCUGGUCACCUUCGAUGAUGCCAUCGCCCCGUUGGAGGAAAGACAAGCAGAUUCCGUUCGCAGUGGGAAGCCGAUUGUUUUGCCAGACCUUGGUAAAACUGGUAAUGCUACCCGAGAAAAAUGCAUCAAAUCUUUCGAAACACAAGCUAGCCGAUAUCACAAAAAGGUUUACUCCGUCAAACGAGUCGAAUUGGAAGGGAAAAUCGACCAGCGUCUAAAGACAUUGUACCAGGGCCAACUCUCCGCCGCUCACAAGGCUGGUGUAACCUCUUUUAGCGACGCUGUGUCUGGCGCUGUUAAAGCAGGUCAGAAGUCUGGAGGUGCCUACGAGUUCGCUGAAAUCGUAGACAAGGAGAAGACCAAAACCUUGGAGAAUUUCAGAAAAGAGGCCCAGAGCCUGUUGAUCCCUGGUGUUGCGUGGUCGAAUUUUAAAUCCCAAUAUACUCUCUUCGAGAAGGAACUCGAUGAACACAGUGCCCGGUUGCGGAAAGACGAGAUCCGAAGAUUGGCAACUCGCGUUGAGCGGAGAGUCAAAGCUCGCCUUGGUGAAUUAGUUGGGCUUGAAUUCAACAAACUCGGAUCGGGAAGAGGAGGAUCUGGUGCUCCUGAAGAUGGUGAAAAGCCUCCUACCGAAAAGGAUCUCUGGGAUCGCAUCUGGAGCGUCUUUAUUUCUGUUGUUAAGGAGGCCGAGGGUCGCUUUACCGACAGAGCUAAGAGUUUCGAAGCGAGUGAAGAAGAAGUCGAGGUUGGACUGUGGCGUCUCCGACGGAAGAGCUGGAUUGCUCUUCGAGAGAAAAUUGAGGAGGAAGUAAUGGAGGGCAAUAUUCUUCUCAAGCUUCGAGAAAACUUCGAAGACAAAUUCCGAUACGAUGAGGCGGGUGUGCCACGCAUAUGGCGGCCGGCUGAUGAUAUCGAGGGAAUCUACACUCGUGCUCGGGAAUCGACGCUGACACUCAUCCCGCUUUUGUCGAGGUUUAGGCUUUCCACCACCGUUGCCCCGCCAGAUUUGCCAGAAUUCAUCGGUCCGCAACCUCCUGGGGCGGAGCCGGAGGAUGAAGAUGACCUUACACCAAUCGGAGGCGUCGAUGAUGAAGAUGGAAAGAGUCUCGAGGAAGAGAUGACCGUCUUGAGCGAGAGCAAGCGUCAAGAUUUGGUGGUUAGGUUUAAGAAAACAGCCGACGGUGUCUACGUGGAAGCUAAGCGAAGUGCUAUCGGCGGUAUCAAACAAGUGCCCUUGGGUUUCUACGCAUUGUUGCUAGCGUUGGGGUGGAACGAAGCUCUGACAGUUAUACGCAACCCGAUCCUAUUCCUACUGCUCAUCAUUAUUGUUUCUGGGUUCUAUAUUCUUCAUAGACUUAACCUAUUAAGCUCAGUACUGCAGAUGAGCACCGCAGCCUGGAACCAGGGUGUGGACAUCGGCAAGCAACACCUUCGAGAAUUUCUCGAGAACAACGAAACCGCGAGAACGGCGAUAGGCAUGCCCGGCCGCGAUAGCGACUCGAUCAGCCUAAACACGCUAGACAGCCAGGGAAGGAGGGUUUCGCCCGCGCCCUCGAGACUUGAUGACGAUAACGAUGAUUAAUAGGGAUUUCAUGGUAUUCAUUAAAAAAUGGCAUCGAGGGCCAGGAUAUAGUGUGAAGAUAUACAUUUCUUGUGGUGGACAAACUCCUUAAUC